AUCCAAUCCGGAUGUUGCUCGAGCCAGCGUCGCAGUGUUGCAUGUCGAAGUGGUUAUGAAUCUCUGUUUAGUUGGACAUUUUUCAGGGACGAAGUGAAAUUCAAGGACAGGGGAAGACUACAAUAGUCUACACCAAUCAAGUGCAUUGACUUUUUAUGAGGAUACACUCUCCUACUACUAGUCCUAUCCUACACUUGGCAUCAGAAACUGUGUGUCAGUCAGCUGUUGGCUGCAUAAGGAGAGAACAUGGACCAGAACAACAGCCUACCGCCGUUUGCCCAGGGGCUGGCCUCUCCACAGGGCGCCAUGACACCAAGUCUACCCAUCUUCAGUCCAAUGAUGCCAUAUGGUAGUGGCCUGACACCCCAGCCGGUCCAGAACACCAACAGUCUAUCUCUCCUGGAGGAGCAGCAGAGGCAGCAGCAGGCUUCAGCCCAGCAGGCUGGGGGCAUCCCGGGUGCCUCGGGACAGACUCCCCAGCUGUACCACUCCCAGGCGGUCACUACCACCACCAACUUGCCUGGCAAUACCCCUCUCUACACCACCCCACUCACACCCAUGACCCCUGUCACCCCAGCCACGCCAGCCUCUGAGAGCUCAGGCAUUGUACCCCAGCUACAAAACAUUGUGUCCACUGUAAACCUGGGAUGUAAAUUGGACUUGAAGACCAUAGCUCUGCGAGCAAGAAAUGCUGAAUACAACCCCAAGCGAUUUGCUGCUGUGAUCAUGAGAAUACGAGAGCCGAGGACCACGGCCUUAAUCUUCAGCUCUGGGAAGAUGGUCUGCACUGGAGCAAAGAGUGAGGAGCAGUCUCGUUUGGCAGCCAGGAAGUAUGCCAGAGUGGUUCAAAAACUGGGUUUCCCAGCCAAGUUCCUGGACUUCAAAAUCCAGAACAUGGUGGGCAGCUGUGAUGUCAAGUUCCCCAUCCGGUUAGAGGGCCUAGUACUCACCCAUCAGCAGUUCAGCAGUUAUGAGCCUGAGCUUUUCCCUGGGCUGAUCUACAGAAUGAUCAAGCCCAGAAUCGUGUUGUUAAUAUUUGUGUCUGGGAAGGUUGUUUUAACAGGUGCUAAAGUGAGAGCAGAGAUCUACGAAGCCUUUGAAAACAUCUACCCCAUCUUGAAAGGAUUCCGUAAGACUACGUAGACCUGACUACGGUUUUAUUGUUUUAUUUUUGUAGUUGCAGCAGGAUGUUGUCAAGGAUGCUCUCUUGGACUCUGAUUGGGCCCUUUCAUAGUGGACCCCUUCCACUCACAUCAGUGGUUGGUUGGGCCCACUGGGCAGAUCGUUUUUCUGUUUCAUUGUUUUAAAAUGACUUCCACUCUUUAUUGAAUGAGAAGCAGCAUAAAAGGCUGUAGUCUCUAAGCAAUUUAUUUUUGUAAAGUAGGUUUAAUUGUUGAAAUUGCAAGGCAUGUGGUUUCCACACAUUCCUUACAAGACUGAAUUCAAGACUCAAAACGUAUCAAUGGUCUCUGGCAGUUUUAUAGAUUGACUCAUGAAGUAUUGUUUAUUGAUAUGGUGUUCCAGGACAUUGUUUUAAGUUUGAGAUUAUUUUGCAAAGCAUCCCCUCCCAACUUAAUAGGUUUCACUAAUGUAUGUGUGGAUUUGGCUUUGUGCCAACACCGUGGCACUAAAAGGCCUGGUAACCAGAAACGGAAUUUAACAGGCAACCUUGAUGUCAGACGUUUAGGUUUUUAUUCAUGUUUAUGUACCCCAGACUUGUCAUUUUAAACAAUAUUUAAAAUCAUUGUUUUAUACUUCAAUUUUAGAAUAGACAAAGUUCUGUUUUAUAUUUCUUAUUGUUUUUGGUCCAUCGCCUAAGCCCAAGAAAGCACCGUAACAGAGGGAUGCAGUCUAUACUGGCUUCAAAUGUAUGAUACUUUGCUACUUGUGCACAAUUAAACUUGUAUAUAUAUAAAGUG